GGUAUAAUCUCUCUCUCUCUCUCUCUCUCUCUCUCUCUCUCUCUCUCUCAAUGAGUCUCAACUGGUAAAUGGAAAUUAAUAGGGUCUUCCUUAAUUGUAUAUUGGAUGCAUAAGAUACAGAAAUUAUCUACUUUAGAUAGGAUCGGUUUCUAGGCAAGAGUAUGAUAAUCUGUUAAAUCUAAUUCCUUUUGGUAAAACAAAAACCUCUUUGGCAUAGAAUUUCUCAACCAUGAGUUCAGUUCUUAUACGAGUUGGCUUGCAGAUUGAUCGAAAGUUUUGCACCCUCCCCAUGAACAUAUACUGUUUGGAAAGACAUGUUAAGACGCAAUUCCCAAUUUCUGCAACAAAACUAUACCAAAACCAUACUCACUUACCUCAGCCUACAUUACUGUCUUCAACCUUGAGAGGUCCCCGAGGCUUUGGACCAUCUCCAAGGAAAACCAAGAAGGCCAAGAAGCCAAACAAAGACAACGAAAACAAGGGAGAAGAAUAGGACGAGGAAGAUGAAGAUCAAGGGGUAAUACCAGAGGUAGUGACCAACAGAACGAUCAGUAGGAUGGGUUUCUCAGUAGGGAUACCACUUUUCAUAGGGCUUCUAUUCUUCCCAUUCUUUUACCAUCUUAAAGUUGGACUCGAGAUUGAUGUGCCCACAUGGGUACCCUUCAUCGUGUCAUUCUUCUUCUUUGGGUCUGCUCUUUUAGGGGUGAGUUAUGGGAUUGUAUCCUCCAGUUGGGAUCCAAUGAGGGAAGGUUCACUCUUGGGUUGGAAUGAGGCUCAGAAGAACUGGCCUGUUUUUUGGCAGUCACUUUGGGGUAGAUCUGGGAAAAACUAGAGUAUUUAUCUCUCACUCUCUCUCCUUAAUUUACGCUGCCCCCUCCUCUUCUUCCUGUCAUCAUUAUCAUCAUUAUUAUUUUCAUUCAAACCAUGAAGUAAAUUUGAUGGGUUUUGAAUCUGUAAAUACAUAAAUCAAAGCUGACUUUUUGCAGACAAUAUCAAAUACCAACCUGAGCCCCACUUCCAACACCUAGCUAAAG